AUGGCUGGACCAACAUCUGUGAAUUGGAACCUGUCCUCCAACCGGGAGGCGCAUCACACAGGCAGGUUCGAUAGCCCAGAACUGAUCUUGCGGAGAGGCCAACUCUUCACAAUCUUAUUGAACCUCAGGGGAGACACGGGCUCUGGACAAAAUCUGACGUUCAUAGUCUCCACAGGGCCUAACCCCUCUGAGUCGGCCAGGACAAAAGCGGUGUUUCCACUCUCCAAAGAAACAAGUGGUGGCUGGAGUGCAGACCUCCAGGGCAGCCAGGGCAACACUCUGACUGUCAGAAUCUCCAGUCCUGCCUAUGCACCCAUAGGACGGUACACACUGAGCCUUCAGAGCUCCUUCUCCUCUGUGAAGCUUGGGACAUUCAUACUCCUGUUUAACCCCUGGCUUCAAGCGGAUAGCGUCUUUAUGAGUAAUGCUGCUGAGAGAGAGGAGUACGUUCAGCAAGAUGCCGGCAUCAUCUAUGUGGGAAAGGCAGAGCACAUUAGCGUGGUUGGCUGGAACUUCGGACAGUUUGAGCAGGAUAUUCUGAAUAUUUGCCUCUCGGUCCUUGAUAGAAGUCUGAAUUUCCGCCAAGACCCCACUACUGAUGUGGCCCGCAGAAAUGACCCCAAAUAUGUUGGCCGGGUACUGAGUGCAAUGAUCAAUAGCAAUGAUGACAACGGUUUGAUUGCUGGGAGUUGGAGUGGCAGCUAUACAGAUGGCCAGGACCCAAGGAACUGGAACGGCAGUGUGGAGAUCCUCAAGAGGUGGAAAAGAUCCGGCUUCAGGCCCGUGCGCUAUGGGCAGUGCUGGGUCUUUGCUGGGACCUUAAAUACAGUGUUGCGGGCUCUUGGGAUUCCCUCCCGAGUGAUCACCAACUUCAACUCGGCUCAUGACACAAACCGAAACCUCAGUGUGGAUGUGUACUACGACCCCAGGGGAAACCCUCUGGACAAAGGCAGUGACAGCGUAUGGAAUUUCCAUGUCUGGAAUGAAUCCUGGUUUACCCGAACCGACCUGGGCCCCUCAUACAGUGGAUGGCAGGUGUUGGACGCGACUCCCCAGGAGAGGAGCCAAGGGGUGUACCAGUGUGGCCCUGCCUCGGUUUUCGGUAUCCGAGAGGGUGACAUGCACCUGGACUUUGACAUGCCCUUCAUCUUCGCGGAGGUUAACGCCGACCGCACUACCUGGAUUUACGAUAGUAAGACUCACAGUGAGAGGAAGAAUUCCUCUGAUGAGCGCACCGUGGGCAAGAACAUCAGCACCAAGGCUGUGGGCAGCAACUCCCGCGUAGACAUCACAGAGCAGUACAAGUACCCCGAAGGUUCCGCCCGGGAAAGAGAAGUGUUCCACAAGGCUCUGGGGAAACUUAGACCCAACCUAUUGUUCACAGCAACAUAUGCCAGGAGCUUGGAAGAAGGGCAUUGGGAGCCUACCAUCUCUGGGAGGUUCAAGGUUGCUGGUAUUCUGAAAGUGGGCCAGGAAGUCAACCUGGCCCUGGUAUUCAAAAACCUGACAAGUGAUAUGAAGAAAGUGACAGUGAACAUGACAGCCUGGACCAUUGUCUACAAUGGCACGCUAGUACAUGAGGUGUGGAAGGACUCCGUCACCAUAUCCCUGGACCCCAAAGAAGAAACGCAGCACCCGGUGAAGAUCUCAUAUGCUCAGUACGAGAAGCACUUGAAAGCUGACAACAUGAUCCGCGUCACGGCCGUGUGCAAGGUCCUCAAUGAGGGCGAGGUGGUGGUGGAGCGGGAUGUUAUCCUGGACAACCCCUCCCUGACCCUGGAGGUGCUGGACAAGGUACAGGUGCAGAAGCCUGUGAUCGUGCAGAUGCUCUUCUCCAACCCUCUGGAUGAGCCCGUGAAGAACGGCGUGCUGAUGGUGGAAGGAAGCAGCCUGCUGCGGGGCAACCUCAGGAUAGACGUGCCAACACUGCACCCCAAGGAGCAGUCCCAGGUGCGUUUUGAGAUCCUGCCCACCCAGAGUGGCACCAAGCAGCUGCUCGCCAACUUCUCCUGCAGUAAGUUCCCUGCGAUCAAGGCCAUGCUGUCCAUCGAUGUGGAUGAGUGA